AUGAAGCAAGUGGAAGAGGAGAAGAAGGCUUUGACAGAAGAAGGACCAAGCGAUGCUUAUUCUCAAGAAGAAGAUUUGGUCAAUACCGUGAAGGAGUUGAAAAAGGAGAUUGAGGAAAUGAAAGAAAAAGACCCCGUGAAUAAGAACAUCAUGACUGUGAAGCAGGAUAUCAUGGAUGCGAUUACAAAAAAAAAUGCAAUGGAGUAG